CCCCCCCCCCCAAAUAAACACACAACCCGCCUACUUCAUAGGCGCCGCAACUCUCACUACGUCACGCCACCCCCUCCUCCCCCACCAUACACAUACAUUUUAUAAUAACACAAUCUUGUAACAUCGUAAUCUGGUCACAUCCGGUACAUGCCAUUAUUACCUUAGUCGCACCGUGUUAUCACAAGCUCAAGCUAUGAAAAUGCGGACCUUAGUAAAGCGAAAAUCCGACGUAAGAUGAUACGUAUUUCCCAGGAUGAUUUGACAAUCCAAGUCUUCGAGCUGUGAACAUGUCAAUCCUUUCAUUGUGCCUUGUGUCCCCACCGGCAUAAACACAGGCGUCUCUACCCGGUGAUGCGGCAAGGUUAAAAUCCCCGUACGGGCUUUUGUCGUUGAACAUUCUGCAAGAAUUUUGAAGUUUGGGUAUCCUGUGGUGGCGUGGUGGGAAAUUCAUUGAGCGGGAAACAAAAUGGCGUUAGAUUUCUAGCGUUGUUCUCGUCAAGUUUCUGAUCACAGAGGAAGUGAAACUACAAUGUGUGAUUCGGAGCCUCCAGAACAAAAAGUCGAGGACUUUUUCUUCAAGCAACUGAAAAAGAUUAGAGUGUUUGAUUCACCCGGGAAUCUCCCAACAGAACGUGUUAGUCUUAUUGCUGUGUCAAACAAGUUUGGCUACUCAUUCAUUGGCUGUCCAACUGGAUUUCGAAUUAUCAAAACAUCAGUCCUCAGUGAUGUAGACCAAGAACAUGUGACAAAGAGUCCAAACUUUAUUGUUACGGAGUUCCCAUCAGUGCUUGUACCUGUCAAUCACGCUGUGAGGCAUGUCGGGCUAUCAAGUGAUGACCUCACCCUAUCUGUCUGCUACGAGAAUGCUGCUGCUGCAAUUGUUAUGCGACUAUAUGAUGUGCCCACACUUUGUCGACAGGGUGGUAGUCAAGUUCUUGGGGAAACUAUUCUUGCUACAGGACUAGAUGUAGUUGCGCUCCAGUGGAAUCCGGGCAUCUCUAACAUGUUUGCGAUAUGUCUGUCUGAUGGGUCUGUUUCUGUGUGGGAGGUCACAAGUUCAGACAUCAAGCAGUUAGCAGCCCUAGGACCAACUACUAGAGCCACUGCAAUCUGUUGGAGUCCUAAAGGGAAACAGCUAGUUGUUGGUCACAAGAACGGCAAACUGACCCAGCUCACACCUGGUUUGCAGCCCAAAAAGGAGACAGACUGCCCUGACAUAUUUGGGAGUGAGCCUCACCAAGUUACAAGUGUUUGUUGGAUCAGUGCUCCAGUGUUUGCUGUAGUCUACACCGGAGUCGAGGAUUCUGACUUCCCCAAGUUUGUGGUCGUUCAUAAUGCAACUAAAACUGAACCAAAGCAAGUGAUCAACUUUGAGGAUGUGUAUUUUGGGAACAUAGAGGAACGUGCAGACUGCUUCUACACAAACUACAUCCCAGAGUGGAAUGUAGCAAUGUCCUCUUCUUCAAAUGCAUUUGAAAUUGCAGCAUUUUCUAACAAGGCUGGCUGGGUAAAGUGGGCACUAGAUGAUAAUCGUGCUGAAAUGCCACUCACAGAUGAUAAUGACGAGACCUAUCCCAUGGGCAUGGCCAUUGACUUCACAUCGACAACUCCUAUACCUGAACAUGAGAGCAAACUACCCCCAGCACCCAUCCUCCUGCUUCUAUCCACUGAUGGCAUCCUGUGCCCUUUCUACCUCGUCAACAAGAACCCUGAGGUCAAGCACGACAUCGUCAAGCCCCCAGAACCCCUUCCUCCUGCAGGACAGAGGGAGAAGCUUGCUUCAGCUCUACCCGUACAGACUCAAACAAACUCUGCCCCUCAAGGUGCUUCAGUUACAUCAGCAACUACUCCGGCCACAUCAGUUGCUGUCAAGCCUGCACCUGGAUUCCCCUUAUCCAACCAAGCAGCACCGCUCCCAACCUUACAGACUCCCUCUGGACCCAGCCUGUUCUCAUUCGGACCCAGUAGCAGCACUGCUAUGCCAUCCACCCAGGGGCUAACCCCGACCACCACACGUACAGGGAUGCCAGGGCUUUUUUCAGCCUUUCCCAGUGCCGCCCCUCCAGCAACUGCUUCCCAGAGUCCAUUUUCAUUCUCAGCCAGUAGUAAUACCACCUCAGCCUCGACGGCAACAGGGUUCUCGUUUGGAUCUGCAGCACCAACACCUACUGCGAACAGGUCUGCAGCUGUAGUAACACAGAGUUCAUUCUCCUUUGGGGCAGGCACCUCUGAUAUUGUGUCCGCUCCCCCAGUAUCUUCUGCCAACAAGCCCACCGCGGUAGGUGCAUUCUCCUUUGGGGCAGGCACCUCUGAUAUUGUGUCCGCUCCCCCAGUAUCUUCUGCCAACAAGCCCACCGCGGUAGGUGCAUUCUCCUUUGGGGCAGGCACCUCUGGAGCAGGAUCAUUUAGCUUUGUCAAAUCUGCAGCGGGUGCGGCCAGUCAACCAGCGACUGCCAAAAACACUGCCCCUGCGACUUCAGCAUUUGGAGGAAGCUUACCGUCUGGUUUAUCCACUGCAGCUGGCAGCCCAUUUUCAUUCGCCUCCGAACAAGAGCCCACAGGGACCCCAAAACCGAAUGCAUCAUUGCCUCCCAAUUCCUCAACCACAGGGACCCCAAUGCUUUCAAGGUUGUUAGGCAACCAGCAACAGACCACACCACCCCCUGCAUCUUCUAGUCGGGCGUUAGAGAGCAAAGAAGUCCCCAGUUCAAUGGUUGCUCAAGGAAGGGUGAUUCCCUCGCUGGUAAAGCCAGCACCCUCAUCCCAGGGCCAGGCCGGGGGAGCGUUCUCAAGCAGCAGUCCCUCUGUACCAGUCCAGCCAAAACCUCCAAUACAAAGAGGGGCCGAUGCCACUCCUAGAGGCGACCAACCUUCGAUGCCAGUUGAGUUGUCCAAGAGGCCUCCUCCGCCACCAUAUGUGGAUAGCCCUACCCAGCAGCCAUCUGCUCAACCAACACCCACCUCCAGGGUUGACCUGGAUUUAUCCGUCUCCAAGACCAUCCAAGAGGAGAUAUUGCACUUCGAGAAAGAACUUGCUCAACUGAGAGGCAGUCUGAGGGAAUUGAGAGGCGAGUGUUGUAGGACUGUGCAGCCAGAGAGUUUAAGGGAUUUGCGCAAGACUACGGAUGACCUUGACAGGAUUUUCAUCGAUUUAAAGGCCACAACAAAGGAACAUAACAAAGAAAUUCAAGAAAACAAGACUGCAUUACUUGGAUCAUUUGAAGCUGUGGACGAUGUCAGUGUAAAAAAGGACCGAGCGAAAGAUCCCAAGUACCUGCAUCUACUUAAGUCCCGAAGUCUUGACCCUGUAAACGCGGAAAGGUUACAGACCAUCAGAAACCUGUUUCUGCACUUGGACACGACGCUCAAGGAAGUUGAAAUACGCAUGGACGAGGAGUGGUACAAACAGGAACAGGAGGCAAGGAAGCUGGCUCGCCCUGCAAUGAACUCCAUUUUCAAGACUUUAAAACUGCACCACACAGUGGUCCAAGACCAAGCAGUGAAACUAGAGCGACUUACGGAACAACUGAAAGGCAGGAACUUCAUUCCAAACUCCUGGAAGAAUAAAAGCCUUGCUAGUUCCAGGCACGACAGCUGGUCGUCGCUGGCAAGCCAAGAUCUGGAUCACACCAGCAAGUCGCCAGCAAAACCGCCAGGUCGAGCAUCAGCAAACAAUGUCUCUGCUCUCAAGAAUAUGCUUAGGAGAAGGCAGACGAUCCCUGUCAGAAGGCAACACGUUGGUGCUCCAGUAAUACCUACGGCUCGUUCGACCAGACCUGAAAGUGUGACUUCUCCUGCGGGUCCCACUAAUUCCAAAGCAAUUACUCCGGAAUACCAGAAUUCUGUUCCUGGACCAUCCUCCCUUUCGGCUGCCGUCCCAAAGCAACAUCCAUUUACCGCAGAGACACCACUGACCAGACAAACCAAGCCUGGCCAGCCAUUGUCAUCGUCAACACCAUUUGUGGCAGGAGUACCUGGACAGCCAAGUGAUAUUGGUCAGGUUGCCAAUUUACCUGGAAAGGCUACACCAUUUUCUCAACAAGUCGCACCAGCUGGUGUGCUCCAUACACGAAACUCGACUAGAGUGGUACCAGGAAGUACCCCAAGCUUUGCUCCGAUUGGCAAAGAGCCAUUGAGUCGUAUUAGUAAUGGGCCACCAAAACAAGCUGCUUCAGAUGCUGCUCCAGCACUCAAGGUUCCAUCACCCUCUAAUCGUCGACCAAGCUCUCAGCAAAAGCCUGAGGAUGUCCCUGCUGUGAGGGCCGCAGCACAGGCUGCAAUAAACAGAGCAAGCACCUUGCAGGCACCACCUAAGCAGCCAAGCUCCUUGGACCCUGCUGCCAGCAUAGAGCCUGUCACAAUGGUCGUUCACAAACCCGACGGCGGCGCCACCAGCACCAAGACUAAUGAUUCAGAUCUGAGGGCCAGGGCCAUCGCUAUGGAGGCCUUAAAAGCAGCUAAUGCUCAAGCCAAAGAACCUGUUCCUUACCCGCCCCCACAAAGCAGCACGGACUUCACCUUUAAGACGAGUGGCGCUCCUAAGCCAGGCCCUCCUGUUGCAACCUUUAAGCCAGCAACCGCCCAAGACAAAGGCCCUGCUCCCAAUGUAACUGUCAAGCCCGUGGCACUUCAAGCAUCAAAUAUGAGUAGGCUUCCAUUUGCACCAGUUGCUUCUAAACCAGCUCCGACCAAAGAGGCAAUAAGCAAGGCUAGCGGUGCAAGUGGUUCUGGGCUGCACACUGGGUUUGGCACUCUGUCAGGUUCUGAGACCAAAUCCGGGUUCAGCUCUGCUCCUGGUACAGACUCAAAGCCCGGCUUUGGCUUUAGCAUCGCACCAAAAAGCACCAGUGGCGGGUUUAGCUUUUCUUCCUCGAGCGGUUCUGGUGUGUCGUCGCCGUUCAGUUUUGCCUCAAAAGUCAGUAAUGCAGAAUCCUCUCCGUCUGGAUCGCCUGUAAUUUCAGAAAGUAAUGAUUCAAGACAGAAAUCUGGUGACGCUGAGGAAAAGGAGAAUGAAAAGGAAUCCGCAAGUAUCAACCGGCGUUUGUUUGGAGGUGAAAAACCUGCCUCAACCAACACAACCAAUGACGAGAACCAGCCCCCUCCGUCACAAGCUCAACCCCAAUCAAUGGGUCCCUCGGAAUCAUUCGCCUUCACAAGCUCCUUUAACAAGCUGUCAAAUUCAACCACAAUUACAGGAAGUAAUGCUUCUUCUGGGUUCUCCUUUUCUGCUCCAAAAGCUGGUUCGGGCUUUAGUGGCCCUUCUUCAAUAAGCACUUCAGUAGCACCUACUUUUCUCUUCGGGUCAGCAAAAAGCUGUGCCCCGGAAACCAAGACCACCACAUCAAGCAACAGCCUAUUAGCAGGCACCCAGCAACCACCAACGACCACUACAGCACCUGUGUUUGGUCAACCUGGCAAACCCGUCGCUUCUCUUGGCACUGGAUUAUUUGGGCAAGCGGAAACAGCAGAAACGUCAACGACAGCUGUCUCAACGCAGUCCACCAGUCAGGCUGUCUCUGCCCCUUCUAGCAGCACCCCUAGCAGAGUGCCCAUUUCUGCUGCCCCGCCAGCAGGUGGUGGGCUGUUCAGUGGUAGUUCUUUUGGUCCAGCAUCCCAGCCUCCGUCUACUGGCUCAGUUAUGUUUUCAAGUAGUGGAGGUAUGUCUGGGUCAGGUACAUCUACCACAUCGACAACUAGCGUUCCCUUUGCAUCAAGUGUGCCAUCAACUGACAUAUCACUCGGGACAGCAUCUCAAUCAGCUAGUAUCUUUGGAACUGCUGUGAACCCUUCAGGGCAGCUAAGCAGUUUAUUUGGUAAUACAUCACAUCCAUCAACAACACUUACAGCCUCCACCAAUAACCCCCAGCCUUCAACACAAAGCGGUGCUUUGUUCGGUAGCGCAGCACAACCGUCGACAAGUGCAGUUUCAAGCCCCACAUCACAACCCCAAACUACCUUUCAGCCUUCAAGUGGUGGCUUGUUCGGGGCAUCUUUCCAGGCUUCAGCACCUGGCAGUGGCUUCUUUGGCAGCAAGUUUUCCUCGUCGACAACAGCUGCACCCAGUGCAACCUCCCAGCCCACGACAACAAGUGGUGGCCUGUUCGGUGCGUCAGCACCUAGCGGCGGCGUGUUUGGUAGCUCAACAACAACUGCAUCGAGCACAACUGCCCAGUCCUCAACAUCAAGUGGCGGUUUCUUUGGUUCUGCAACUUCAAGUGGGGGCUUGUUCGGAAGUGCAUCACAACCUUCGACAACUAGCUCUGGUCUGUUUAGAUCUACCACUCAGCCAACUACGAGUUCUGCUGUAUUUGGUUCUCAGCCGUUAUCUUCCAGCGGAGGGCUAUUUGGAUCACAGCCCACAAAUACCGGCCUUUUCGGCCCAGCGUUUGGAGCCACUCCUUCAUUUGGGUCAAGCUCUACUCAGGCAACUAGCCCAUUUGCAUCCACGACUGGCACAACCUUUGGUUUCGGACAAGCGAUAAGCACCUCGGCAGGAUCAGGGUUUGGACAGACAUCAAGCAGUUCUACUGGAACAACUUUCGGACAGUCUGCUUUCUCAAAGCCACAAGAGAACUCAACGGGCGUUGGAUUCGGUUUUGGUGGCUUUGGAUUAGGCGGACAACCGAGUUCACAGAGCAACAAGAACCCGUUUGGACUUGCAGGGUCUCCGUCACAGUCUCAAGCAGGCACAGAAACCUCCUCCCUCUUCGGGAAUAAGCCAACUGGAGACCUUUUCAAGCAGUCGUCGUUCGGAUCGCAGUCGUCGUUCGGAUCGCAGCCAUCGUUUGGAUCGCAACAGGGGUCUCCUGGAGGAGGGUUUGGUAGCUUCUCUCGUGGUUCUAGUGGCGUGGCAUCUACAGGCUUCGCAAUCUCCACCAGCUCACAGCCUACAUCUCCAGGGUCGUCAUUUGGCAGUGCUCCGUCAUUCGGUUCAGCUCCUGCAUUCGGUGGGACACCUUCAUUCGGCUCUCAGCCAUCAUUCGGUAGUCAACCAGCUUUUGGAAGUCCGCAAGCAGGUGUGUUUGGGAGUACGCCCGGCGGUAGUGGAUUUGGACAGUCCACAGGUAGCCCAACCUUUGGCGCACUAGCUCACACCAGCACGCCUGGGUUUGGUGAUGUGGCCCAGAAUUCCUCCGGAUUUGGUGCGUUUGGAGCAAGCCAGGCCGCUCAGCAGCCCACGUUUAGCUCAUUUGGAGGAGAAGGGGGAGGAGGAUUUGGUAGUGGUGGAAGUCCUUCGGGAGGACAUUUCAACCAGUGGCGCUAGUGACCAGUAGUGGCGUUAGACUGGAAUGUGUGACCAGUAGUGGCGUUAGACUGGAAUGUGUGACCAGUAGUGGCGUUAGACUGGAAUGUGUGACCAGUAGUGGCGUUAGACUGGAAUGUGUCACCAGUAGUGGCGUUAGACUGGAAUGUGUGACAAGCAGUGGCGUUAGAUAGAAAUACGUGACAAGCAGUUACGUUUGAUUGAAAUGCGUGACAAGCAGUUACGUUAGAUUUUAAUGCGUGACAAGCAGUUGCGUUAGACAGGUUGUAGUUUGAGCAGUUUCGGUACGGUAGAUAAUUAGUACAUUGACUGACGAUGAAAGAGCCUAGAUAUAUUCAGACCACUAUUUUGUGAGCGCCGUUUACACGGUAUUAAACUUUAUACUUUAUUUGAUAAAGCAUUAUAAUUUA